GAAAAGAAUGGAGCUGUCCCAGCUACUCAAUGAGAUCAGGGCAAACUAUGAAAAGCUCCUCACCAGAAAUCAGAUAGAGACCGUGCUCUCAACAAGGAUCCAGUUGGAGGAAGAUCUAAGCAAAAAAAUGGACAAAGAUGAAGAGGCUUUAAAGGCGGCUCAAGCAGAACUCAAGGAAGCCCGACGCCAGUGGCAUCACCUGCAAGUGGAAAUUGAAUCUCUCCAUGCUGUGGAAAGGGGCCUUGAAAACUCCCUACACGCCAGUGAACAACAUUACCAGAUGCAGCUGCAAGACCUAGAGGCAGUGAUUGAAGGACUAGAAAAAGAGCUACAGGAAGUAAGGCGCGGCAUCGAAAAGCAGCUUCAAGAGCACGAGAUGCUCCUCAACACGAAGAUGAGGCUAGAACAAGAAAUCGCAACUUAUCGCCGCCUCCUGGAAAAGGAAGAAAUCAGAUAUUAUGGUUGCAUCCAAGGUGGGAAAAAAGAACAAAAACCUACCACAAGUAGAGUUGGUUUUGUUUUACCUUCAGCCAUUAUAAAUGAAAUAUCUUUUUCAACAAAAGUCCCACAGAAGUAUGAGAACGAAAAAGUGGAAACAGUGACCAAACAAGCAAUAUUAAAUGGAAAUGUCGUGAAAGAAAGCACUGAAGCUCAUGGCACUAUUCAGACAGAGAAAGUGGAUGAAGUUAUUAAAGAAUGGGAAGGUUCCUUCUUUAAAGAUAACCCUCGAUUAAGGAAAAAAUCUGUUUCUCUUCGAUUUGAUCUUCAUUUAGCAGCCACUGAUGAAGGGUGUUUACAGACUAAGCAGGAUAAUCUACCAGAUAUAGAAGUCAGGCUUAUCAUGAGAAGAUCAUGCAGUAUCCCCUCUAUCAAACCUCCAUCAGCAGCUAAUUAAUCCAAAGACAGUAUUUGACUUGAUGUGAAAAUGACAUUAGGUUGGACCAAGGUAGGCCUGCUGACCACCUUCUGUCCCAAAAUGUAAGUUACUAAGUAUGUAUGUUAUGACCAAUGUAUGACUCUUCAGAAAAAAAAAAGGGGGGGGGGACAAAGUGUCUCUGAAUCUAAUUAUAGCUGUAUUUUUUGGACAGAGGGAGUGUAAACUCAGAAAUUUAGUACAGUUUCUAUUUUAUUUAUUCUCCAAAUAGUCUUCUUUUUCCCUUGAAAUUUUUAUCAGAGACUGUAAGCAUUAAGAUGGUUUAGUUAAGCCUUUGAAAUUUCACUCAGUGUCUGAAAAUUCUAAGGAAAAUGGAAUAGUCUGUUUAAAUAUGACUGUAUUAUGUUAAGAACCACACUGAGUUAUUCAUCAUUAUUCCGUGACUGGUUAUAUCUAAAAAGAUUUUUCUACUUAAAAAAAGAAAGCAAUUAUAAAUGAACCUUUAACGAGUACUAUUCACUUAACCAAAUGUUUCCCUUUUGAGAUAAUAAUUUGCACAGGUAGAAAAAUAAAAGUUAUUUUCUGUAAGAUGUUUUGAGCAAACUAUAGAACACACCCCAGGGCUAAUUUGAUGAUUAAUCUUCAUCUGAAAGUUUUUUGUAAUCAUUAUCUGAUUUCCAGAGAGUUAACUUUAUUCUAAGAACUUUAAAGUUUGUGUCCUCCCCCACAAAAAAAUCAGAAGUCCAGCUGCACAAAAAGAACAUGAAAGCUAGUUACUCCAAUUACUAGAACAGUUAAUCCAACCUCUCACCAUCCCAACUUUUCCAUCUGUAAAGUUAAAUGUGAUUAAUUUGAGUCUCUGAUGCAAGCAUUAAAGAUACUCUAUAAAGUAUUAUAAAUAUUUCUUGCAAACAUUUAUGUGAAUUAAGAUAACAGUAUUGUUCAAACAUUUAUGUGAAUUAAGAUAACAGUAUUGUUAUCUAAGCUAAGAGUAUUUGCAGGAUUUAUGUUUUUAAAUUGUUCAAACUCUAAUAAAUAUGGAUAGAAAAUAUAUUUGUGAAUAAGUCAAGUACUGUUGCAAAGUUUUUUAAACAACCUAAUUUGUUUAAUACAGGUAUAUUUAAAGACCUUAAAUAAUAAAUACCUGUUUUAAAACAUUAGAAAUUUAUAGGCUAUCAAUUUUUUUCUAAGCAGAAAAAAACAUUCAGUACAACUCACCAUACUUUUUUCCCAGCUAAAGUAUCAUCUAAGGGCUACAGCUGUUAGCAUAUUAAUACAGCCUUUACAACUCUCCCUCUCUCUCUCUCUCUUCUUUCUUUCAACCAAAAAAAAAAAAAAAAGUAUAUUUUAACCAGAAGAAAAUUAUGUUAAAUAAUCUUUAACAUAAUACAGGGAAUCACAUUUAAAUUUUCUUUUGAUUACAUCAUAUUUCUUUUAGCCUGGCUUAUUCUGUUUAGUGAAAGGGAUGAUUUUGUUUUGUCAAGGAUACAACAGCAUGUUAAGUGCUUAUUCUUGCAUAAGCAUCUGACCUAAAAUACAUCCUACACAUAAAAAUGUUUUCAUUCAAUAUUAGUUAAAUGCUACUAACUUUAUUAAAGCUUUGGAAAUGCAAUCGUAUAAGCUAUUGUACUAAAGUUACUGUACUAAGUAACAGUAUCGUAAAUAAAGAAAUAUAUCUAGUGUAAUCUAUACGCAGUGUCGAAAACUUAGUACUGGGCAUCAUGAAUGUAACUGCUUGUUAUAGUAAUUCCACUAUGCAGCUAUUGUGUGUAUUACAUGUACAUUUUAAAAUACAGUACUUGAAUUUAUAACAGAGUUUUAUUUGCUUUGGGGCAUUUUAAAUUGGGAUAUGAAUUUACCAAAGUAAAUGAUACCACUACAAUAAAAAAAAAA